ACAAGGCCGACUUCUUCAAUCUUUGUCGCGUCGGUUGGCGACAUUCAAAUAGACGCAGCUACUUCUGUGCAAUAGUAUCACAACUCACGAAACCAUGGUAAGUCAUUCCUUCUUUGCAGUGCAUCUUUAGGAUGUCUACUAACAUGCGGGCUACAGGGAAAAAGAAAGAAGGCUGCAAAGCCCCAGGGCAAGAAGAAGGUAGGAGGGCAAUCAAUCUCAAAACCCAAGUUUGCGCCCACGCGAAACUGACAAGUACUGUAUCACAGAACGAAGGACUCGCCAAAACAUUUCCAUGUCUCUUUUGUAAUCAUGAGAAUUCCGUAUCAGUAGAGCUUGACAAGAAGGCUGGCGUGGGAGAGUUGACUUGCAAAGUCUGCAGUCAGAAGUUCCAAUGCGCUGUCAACUGUACGUCAAGCAAGCUCUUUGCGCUUCUACCUGUAAGUUUUGCAGCAGACGAUUAACAUAGUCACAGAUCUAUCAGCGGCCGUUGACGUAUACUCGGACUGGGUUGAUGCUUGCGAUGCGGUUGCUAAGGAAGGAGGCGAAGAGAGAGGAGGUGAUUUGGCUCCGUCGCGGGCACCUGUUUCGGGCAGACAAAGCGGAGGCAAAGCAAGUGACGAUGAGGAAGAUGACGACGAUAACGACGAUGAUCUUAUAGCAGAUGAGGAUGGCCUUCGAAACUAUCGCAGAGGAAGCGUGGCUGCGGAGGACGACGACUUCUAAGGGUGUUAUUGGUAGGAUUGGGCUUGGAGUUGGGGAUACCUGAGGCGUUCACUGGUUAAUUCAGGUUGGCACAAAGAUUGUAAUGUAUGGAGAGCGGUCAUUGGCAUUACUUGAAUUUCAAGGC